AGAGCUUGGAGUUAAAAAUAGGUGUGUGUGUUUGUGUGUGUUUGCACACGUUUGUGGUCUCCUUAAAUGUCUCUUAAUGGGAAGCUUAACUUCCAAAGACAUGUGAAGGACAUAUUUGUAGAUGUCCUGGGGGAUGGACGAGCUUGUCUCUGUUUGGGUCACUGAGUCGCUCACUGUUGCUCUGGGGUGUGUGUGUGUGUGAGUGUCUGUCUGUCUUCCUUCAGCCUGCAGUUUAUCUCCUCCCCUACGAAACUAUAAGAGGGUGCGUUUGUUCGUCCUUCACCCGGAUGUGUUGAAGUGUUUAGGGGCGUUUGUUUUUCAGAGGGGUGGAGUUUAACUGUCUCUCAGCAGUGAGAGUUCAAGAACCUAAAGGGUGCGUUUAAGACCUGGGGGCGAUUGUUUCAGUCACCCUGUCCGUCUGUCUGGAAGUGUAUUUGUUUUAGUCUGACCUUCAGGCAAUAGUCUUCACAUUCCUCAGAGGUCAUCAAUAACUUGAUUGAUUCUGUCUUCGGGCCAAUCACAAAGCAGCAUGAAGGUGCCCGUUAGACCGCACCCUGUACAGGGUCUGAUGAGUGAGUCCAAAUAUUGAAUAAAUGUUUUGGGGAUUGAUAUUUUAAAUUCUUGUUGAUGGAGACACACUAACUUACAUCUCUCUCAAUCUGUUGUCAAGGAAACCAAAAUGGUAGAGCGAGAGAGAGGGACCGCCCCCCCCCCUCUCUCUCUCUCUCUCUCUCGUUCUCUCUCUGGCGCCGCCCGCCCGUCUCUCACUUACCGGGCAGCCCUCUGGCCCAAACCGAGCGGACCUAACAACCUCCUCCUCCGUCCAGCAGCAGCCCGUCGGUGGGCUGUCCGUUUCCACGACCCGGUCCGGACGUUUCAGUGUGUGUUUGUGUGCGCGUGUGCGUGCGUGCUUCCUCUCCGUGCGUGGACCGGGCGCGCCGCGCUCUCUCCGCACCGACCUUCUCUUUAAUGACCGGACUGGUGUUUUGCUGCGCGAUGUACAUGGACAGAAGCAGCCUGAGCAGAGGCCCCUCCUCCUCUUCCUCCUCCAAUCCCAGUGUGCUGACUAAGAGUAUAUCUCCGGGGCCGUCCUGUUCUCAGUGUGGUCACCAGGAAGCGCUGGAUGCCAAUGCCUUAUCAUCAGGCCCUGCCUCUACCGAGGGAGGGGCGGAGUCAACAGACUUCUGCGGCUCUGCUAAUAGGCCACAAAUCAACGACUCUGGCCAGCUCGAGCUGCCGUCUACCACGAUAACACCAACGAACAAGAGCCGACCGCUGGCGCCCGGACCCAAACCUCAGGUCCCCCCAAAGCCAAGCCACCUCAAGCAGCAGCCGGGGACAUUGAGGCCACGCCUCCGGGGUCCGGACAAGCCCCUCCACCUUAAUCCGUCCUGCAGAGCCCUUCCAGCCGACCACCGAGGGGACUGGACUUUGCCCACUCGCGCCGAUGGCACCGCCACCCCCCCCUGCGUCCUGUCACUCAUUGAGAAGUUUGAGCGCGAGCAGAUCAUUGUGGUUCCAGACAUCACCGGGGGGGCUCUGUGUCCCCGCCUCCUCGAUCCACCCUCCACAGCCACCCCUCCCCCACCAGACGAGGAGCUGCCCUCUGAGCCUGAAGGUCACGAUGACAUAACAUUGGGCUGUGAGGGGUACUGCGGCCUGCAUGAAGACCAUGACAAUGAUGAUGACGAUGUUGAUGAUGACGAUGAUGACGAUGAUGACGACCACGAUGAUGAUGAACACGAUGAGGAUUACCACGAUGACGACCUUGUGGUGGCAUGUUGUGAUGACCUUCAACAGAAGCGUCUCUCAAUGGAGUCGGGUUAUAGCGCCUCAGAAAAACACCUGGAGGAGGACGUGGUCGCCGUGGAGAUGAGGGAGCAGCCGCCACCUCUUGACCAAUCGGAGCUCCCCUCGGAGCAUCUGUCCAUACCCUCCUUACAGACAGAGGGCAAGCUGGCCAAUCGUGACAGCGGCAUCGACAGUAUCAGCUCUCCGUCGCACAGCGAGGAGCUGUGCUUCGCCGGCGUGGAUGACGGGGGCGUGGCCUAUCCAUGUAGCCCCGCCCUCCUGUCACGCCUCUCUAGCUUGUCCUCGUACGUGGUGGAGGGAGGGGGUGGGUCCAUAACUAGGAGGCACUUCUCUGCAGAGGGCGACAGCGACCUGGAGGAGGAGGCGGAGCUAACGCUGGUGCUACCCCACCCCAGGACAGACAGACAAGACUCUGCUGAGCUGUCUGUCCAACAGAGGGUUUUCAACAUCGCUAACGAGCUGCUGCAUACAGAGACCGCCUAUGUGUCUAAGCUCCACCUCCUGGACCAGGUGUUCUGCGCUCGACUCCUGGAGGAGGCUCGGUCUCGCUCCUCCUUCCCCUGUGACGUUGUCCAGGGGAUCUUCUCCAACAUUUGCUCAAUCUACUGCUUCCAUCAGCAGUUCCUCCUGCCAGCCCUGCAGAAACGGAUGGAGGAGUGGGACUCUAACCCCCGGGUCGGGGAUAUUCUGCAGAAGUUGGCUCCCUUCCUGAAAAUGUAUGGAGAAUAUGUAAAGAACUUUGACCGAUCAAUGGAGCUCUUGAACAUCUGGACGGAGCGAUCAACCCAGUUCAAGACCAUCGUGCAGGAGACGCAGAGGGAGGAGCGCUGUAGGAACCUUACUCUGCAGCACCACAUGUUAGAACCUGUUCAGAGGAUUCCGCGAUACGAGCUGCUGCUCAAAGAUUAUCUACACCGGCUGCCCAAGGAUGCCCCGGACCACAGGGACGCCCAGAAGUCUCUGGAGUUGAUUGCGACAGCAGCAGAACACUCCAACGCUGCCAUCAAAAAGAUGGACCGGAUGAGGAAGUUGUUGAAAGUAUACGAGUUGUUGGGCGGAGAAGAAGACAUCGUAAACCCAACAAACGAGCUCAUCAAAGAAGGACACAUCCUAAAACUGUCUAACAAGAAUGGGACCACCCAGGACCGAUACCUCAUUCUGUUUAAUGACAGGUUGCUGUACUGUGUCCCGAAGCUGCGUCUGAUUGGUCAGAAGUACGGUGUGCGAGCUCGCAUCGAUGUGGACGGGAUGGAGCUGAAGGAGACCAGCAGUGUUUCAACAUCCAAGACAUUCCUGGUGUCGGGAAAACAGAGAUCCCUAGAGCUGCAGGCCAGGACGGAGGAGGAGAAGAAAGACUGGAUUCAGGCCAUCCAGGCAACCAUCCAAAGACACGAGCAGACAAUGGAGACUUUCAGACAUCUCACCUGCUCCCUGAGGGAUGAGGAAUCCACACCGCCUCACUCCCCGAGCUGUGUGGAACUUGGUAAACGAGCGCCGACUCCGAUCAGAGAGAAAGAGGUGACUCUGUGUAUGAAAUGUCAGGAGCCCUUCAACUCCAUCACCAAGAGACGGCACCACUGUAAAGCCUGUGGACAUGUGGUUUGUGGGAAAUGUUCUGAGUUUCGGGCCCGCCUGUCAUACGACAACAACCGAACCCAUCGGGUGUGUGCAGACUGCUACGUCAUGCUGGUGGGGAUGUCUGCGUCGCCCGCCUCUCUGAGCAGCACCUCCCACAGGAGACGCUCCAUCUUGGAGAAACAGGCCUCCCUGGCGGCAGAGCACAGCGUGAUCUGCUCUUUUCUCCACCACAUGGAAAAAGGAGGCGGGAGGAGCUGGCAGAAGGCCUGGUUCGUCAUCCCGGAGAACGAGCCCCUUGUCCUCUACAUCUACGGCGCUCCUCAGGAUGUCAAGGCCAAACGCAGCAUUCCUCUGAUUGGCUUUGAUGUCUCGCUCCCUGAGUCAUUUGACCGGCUGGAGCGACGCCACGCCUUCAAGAUCUCCCAGAGUCACCUGACCCUGUACUUCAGCGCAGAGGGGGAGGAGCUACAGCGCAGAUGGAUUGACGUCCUGCUGAGGGCUGGACGAGGGGAAGAGCCUCACGUCCACCGGCCAAUUGUGGAGAGUGUGGAAGAGGAGGUGGAGGAGCUGGCACCGGAGAUAGAGAACACGUGAUCCUGUGGGUCGAAGAAGGAUGGCGACGAUAAAGACGCGUCUCUGCUGGCAACACACUACAUAAUCCAUCCUCGCUGUAAGACUCCAGAUUGCAUCUGUUUUAUCUUCACCUUGUUUUCGUGACGGAGUGAGGUGGGCGGAGGUUCUUCAUCUCACAGGAUUAUUAUUGUGUUUUUUUCUCCUGAGUUUGGUUUUAAACACUCAACUAGUCUCAGCUACUGUUGCUAUAGAGAUACACAAAGCUCUUAUGCAGAAUUAAUCUGUCUCUCUGAUUGGACAGUUAAUAUCAAUGAUGUGAUGUGACUAGGACCAGGUUUAGGACCAAUGAAGUUCUGGUCACAUGACAGACUUGUGAUGACGUUGACAACACAAUAAAAACUAAAAACUAAAGUAUGCGAUGGACACGUGUUGAACUUCUGUUGAACCAACACGUGUUGGACACAAGUUCAAGUUUAAAUACACUUCUGCAUUUUCAAUGUUUCACUUUUCCCCUGAAGAAGACACUUUUUAAACUUUGACCUCUAAAGCUGCCGAUCAGGGUAACUUGUAUGAACUGCAGUUCCCAACAGCUUCUGCUCCAUUGGAGAAGUCUGUAAUUGUAAAGUAGUUUUUUAGUAGCAUUUUAGUUUAUUUACUUACUUUUCAUAUAUUUAUUUAUUUUAUUGUCCGUUUUUAGUUUUAUUAAUCUCAAAAGAAUUAAUGAAGUUUGUGAAGUUUUUUAAUCCUCUUGUCGCCAAAAAAAGUCCAAAUAAUAUUUUGAACCUUGAAGCUUAUUUCAUCUGAACUUUAGAAUUUUGUUUUCCUUCAUUAUUAUUUAUGCUGUGUCAUGUGCCAAAGCACAUUUUCAAAGAUAUACAGAAUUCCGUAUUCAGAGCGAAGUUUUUGGCUUCAUGUUUCAAUAUUUAUUGUUUUUUGGGGUCUGGAUACCAGUUUAUUAUUUAUUUUGGUUAUGAACAUUUUACAAACGUGUGUUUGAGGUUAAAAAAGUCACAAAUAAACAGAUCGUGAAGACGAUGGUGGUGAUGAUGAUGAUAAUGAGGGUGAUGUGGAUGACGAUGGGGAUGAUUAUGAUGGUGGUGUUGAAGAUGACGACACUGACUACGUUUACAUGUACUAAAUAUUCUGUCCUUUUCUCUUUUUCAAAUGACUGAUGAUGUUGUUUGAAUUACUUCCUCCUUUCUGUUUGUCCAUAUUUCUUUUUGGACCGAGGACAUUCUCCCAAACUUGGAAUAGUGUCUCAGAUCUGAUGUAAUGUUUACAUGAGAUCAAAUAUGAAUGUUCAUAUAAACGUGGCCAAUGACAUUUGAUAUUUGAUGUUUGAACUUCAUAAUGACCCUUCUGCAGGACUCUGAGGAUGAAGACGAAGAUGAGUUUACUUCUGGACUUGGAUGCGAGAGUUUUUAAGGUGAUUGUCUAAUCCAGCGAUUAGAUGGCGCAGAUUCAACAAGAACUCUAAAGACUAUGAAGUCCCUCUGGGCAUCCAGUGUUCCUCCCUCCAUCUCUGUAAAGAUCUUCUUGACAAAGUGUUUUGAUAGUGAAAAGAGUAUUAAUAUUAUUGUUAUUCCGAUGAACUGUUUCCAGGUUGCGUUCCAUGUUUUACCUGAUUCCAGUUGAUGCGAGAAGAAAAAAUAAGAGUAAAGAUUUUGUAAAUAUAAUUUAUUCUUUCAUGACCUCCACGGUCAUGUAACUCGUUAAAGGUCGAAGAUUAACGCUCUUCAGCCCCCCAUCCAGCCACCAACAGCCAGAGCCAAACAGACUGUUUUUGUUAUUGUGUCUCACAGCUGCGAUUAACGGCUGACAGGGUGAAGGUUUAAGGUCCAGAUGUUUCACAUAUAUAUCUUAGUUCCCCCCUCUGUCUCCAGUGUCUGUGCUAAGCUAGGCUGUCCGUAUACCGCUCUUUCUCGGGUGCCUUGGUGCUAUGCUAAGCUUCCAGUUUUCCCCCUGCUGCCAGUCUUUGUGUGAAGCAAAGCUACCAUUUUCUCCCUGGCAUUUAGCUUUGGUACUAUGCUAAAAUAGUAUUUUCACUUAGCUAGGCCAGAAAUUUCCCCCUGCUUCUAGGCUAAGCUAGGCUUACCGCCCGGGCCUGUCGUUAACAUGGUGCUCAGUCUGAUCAUGGCUCUGGUUGUCACAGAGUAGAGAUGCUCCUUCAGUGUGUACGGCCAUAUGGUAUCCAUCAUCACCACUGGCCUCCAUGUGGUGGAAAACUUUUAAAAUUUCAAUCUCAGCGAAUUGUGUUGAGCAGUCGGCUUCUUACCAGUCUGGACUGGUUCUUACUCGUUAAGACAUGUAUAUGUGGGUGUGUGUGUGUGUGUGAUACAGUUGAUUGUGUCGUAUCAGUGCGGUGUGCACUUUCUCUUCAUGUGCCAAAGCACAUUUUCAAAGAUAUACAGUAUUCAGAGUGAAGUUGUUGGCUAAUAUAUCAGAUUAUUUUUCAGUAUUUCUUGUUGUUUUGGGCUGGAUACAAGUUUAUAGCCAGUUAGCAUCUCUUUCACCAGUUUAAGCCGGUUAUACCCAGAGAUGAACAAGAAGUUAUUACAGACAUGAGAUUAUUGAAGAGAAUACACUCCCCACGUUUAAACAGGUGUGAGCUCACGCUAAUGAAAGCUAGCACUGGCUCAGAGGUUAGCUUUAGCUGUGGCUAACCAGAGGAAGAUAAGCUUUAGCUUAGAUGCUAAGUUUAGCUUGAAAACUAGCUCUAGCUCAGGGACUAGCUCUAGAUCAUAGGCAAGCUUAGAUCGGAAGGGUGCACCAGCUUUAAAGCUAGCUAUAGGCUAGUUCUUCGGGUGACUUAACCACACUUAAUAAUUAAUAUGAUGGAAUUUGAAGAGGCCGUUUAUACUUCAUCACAAAAGUUCAGACACAUAAUUUGAGGCUUGCUGUGUAGAGAGAGCCAUCCAAACAAAGAUAAUGUUAGCUCCAGGUAGACCAGUGAAUCCCUGUUGUUCUUCAUGGUGGAUCUGCUCAUCAUCUGGCUAAUGACUUCCCUUUGAGUCAUUGUGAGGAUAAAUUAAGAGUUAGCACCAAGAACCUUCCCUGUAGAAAAAGAUGCUGAGAUCUAGCGGCUACAGAGCUAACAAGUUAGGAGCAUUAUAACAAGAGUAAUUCACCUCACAUUUGAGUCAAACUUCACCAAAGUGACUGAAGAUCUGCGCAACGUCUUCCUGAGAGAAUCUGCUGACGGUAGCGAUGAAAUGAAUGAACUUUAAAUGUGGCCUCGCUAUGAUCUGUUUUCUACUCUGAAGCCAGUGAGCAUUUAAACUUUUUAUAGUCCUGUGCUUUUUUAUUACUUGCUGUUGAGGUUUAAAGACUCUAGUUCGUCUCUAGAUAUAACCUGUGCCAGUGAACGCCGGUGUUAACCAGUAAAAUCAGGUUCUAGCUGGUUUAUUUACAACCAGUUCUAACCGAGCAGUGCUCAUUGUCACUGGUCCUAACUGGUUUGGCUGUCCCUGUGUAUUUUGCCUUACACUUUUAUUGAACCUUUUUUGUGCUAAAUCAGAUGACUCAGUCUCUGUCGGUGGUUUUGUAUUUAUUUGUCUUUUUUAAUCCAAAGUGUUAUUAUUAUGUCAGGAUUUUUUUACUUCCGGUCCUGAUCACAGUGGUUUCUGAUUAUCUGACGGUCACACGAGAACCUGCACGUGGAACAAUGCAUAUAAUGUUGACGUUAGUAAAUGCCCCCAAACAAAAUAAAAGUGUGCCCGCUAGUGAUAAUUGGAGCUAACCAGAGAUAGCCGUCUCUAAGAUUCAAACCCGUUUCCACACUUUGUGUGCUGAAUUAAAUCCAAAGCAGCAGACAUGGAGAUUUAUGUUUUACAUCAUUGAUCAUGCAUGUUUCAGAUGUCUGUGACCUCAUCACACACUGGUGAUGAGGUGAUUCUGAACAAAAAACAAAACCUUUAUCAGCCAGUCAAUCAGGGGGGGAAUGGGCUGUUAUGUCAUCUAGUUGAAUGACUCUCCGGGUGUAACAGCAGCACGGUUGUGUGUUCUUCCUGUCAUAGAUUCUGUACAUUGUUAUUAUUUAUUAUUGAAUGUUGAUUGAUUGAUUGACUGCAGGUUGUUGGUUAGUGGCCGGCCACUUUCCCAUCAUGCCCGUCUGUUUCCCACCAUGACCUUCUGUAGGAAAAUACUAUAAAACAUGUUUAUGAGGUCAUGAAUGAAAUAAAAACGUAAAAACUGAA